CGUCAUGCUCCUCUCAUCAUCCUUGCUUGCUUCUCCUUCACCUCACACUCACUCACUCACUCAUCACGCCCACGUCAGUCAGUACCCCCGUCUUUGACUUACACCGGCUCCCCUCACCCCCCCAACACUCGGCGUCGCUCGGUCAUCGCAUCUUCUGCCCUCUGAAUCAUCGUUUAUUCACGAGCUGCACUUCUUAGAGCACGCGGGACACACAUUACGUUUCUUGACGCUCGCUCCCGGUAGGACAGGCGGCUUUCAUCCUACACCACAGAUACGAGAGAAGAAAAAAGCCACGGGGAAACCCUACCUUAGAAAGAAGAAGAAGAAGAAGAAGAAGAAGAGAGAAAAACGAGAGGAGAAACAAUGCCCAGCCCCAUGGUCCGCUCGGCGUCCUCCAACGCAGCCGUCUCGUCGACGUGCAAGAGCCACGGCAUCACCCCGCGCGAGUUCCGGCAGCUGCGCGACAGCGCCGUCGCGGCGCAGGACACGGCCUACUGCCCGUACAGCAAGUUUCGCGUGGGCGCCGCGCUGCUGCUCGGCCGCACGGGGGGGCAGGAUGACGAAGUGGGCGAAGACGAAGACGAAGGAGGGGAGGGGCAGGAGACGGACGACAACAACAACAGCAACCCCAAUAUCGUCAUGGGCGCCAACGUCGAAAACGCCAGCUACCCCGUGGGGACGUGCGCGGAGCGCGUCGCGCUCGGCAACGCCGUCACCAGGCCUGGCGGCGGGAGGAGGAGGAGGGGGGCCAAGGACGCGGCGUCGGGCGGGUUCGGGUUCGGGUUCAGGGCCCUGGCCGUGGCGACGGAUGUGAGCCCGCCGGCGAGCCCGUGCGGCAUGUGCCGGCAGUUCAUCCGCGAGUUUUGUGGCAUGGAGAUGCCCGUCAUCAUGUUUGACAAGAAGGACCAGUACCUCGUCCUCACUGUCGAGCAGCUGCUGCCCUCUUCGUUUGGGCCCAACGACCUGCCCGCGCCUGGGUCGGCGGACAAUACGCAGACGGCAUGAGGCCCCCCGCCGUUGCCGCGUUUGCCCCCUUUGCAUAGCAGGUGUUGUGUUGCUGUUGACGAAAGUCUGAGCUGGCGUUGUUGGGAGGGCACGGAGUCAGUCCUCGAAAGGUAUCAGAUUGUGUGACGAUGGGAGAUGCGAUGCGCAUCGAUUAGUAUCAUUAAGGCUUAUGAG